CACGCUCCGGCCGCCGCGAGAGAGCCGGGCUCGCUGCGAGCGGUCGCCCUGUCGCCCCGGGCUGGCGGCUGUGGCGCCGCGCGGGUAGGUGGGAUCGUGGCGGAAUUCCCUGUGCGGCGACGGGAGAGCGUGAUGGCGGCUGCGGUGGCGGCCGUGUCCGGUGCCUGCGCCGUGGCGGGGAGGUGAGGGGCCGCCUCUUCUCCGCGACUGAGGAGGCCACGGCUGGCCGCCCGCCCUCCGCGCGGGCCGCGGCUCCGGCAUGGCCGGGAUCAUUAAGAAGCAGAUCCUGAAGCACCUGUCCCGGUUCACUAAGAAUCUUUCCCCGGACAAAAUCAACUUGAGCACCCUGAAAGGGGAGGGUCAGCUGACCAAUCUGGAGCUGGAUGAAGAAGUUCUACAGAAUGUGCUGGAAUUGCCUACAUGGUUAGCCAUCACUAGGGUCUACUGCAACAGGGCCUCCAUCCGGAUUCAGUGGACAAAGUUGAAGACACACCCCAUUUGCUUGUGUCUGGAUAAAGUAGAGGUGGAGAUGAAGACGUGUGAGGAGCCUCGACCCCCCAACGGACAGUCACCGAUUGCUCUUGCUUCAGGACAGAGUGAGUAUGGCUUUGCUGAGAAGGUGGUGGAGGGGAUGUUCAUCAUCGUUAAUUCCAUCACCAUCAAGAUUCACUCCAAGGCCUUCCAUGCUUCGUUUGAACUCUGGCAGCUCCAAGGCUAUAGUGUCAACCCCAGCUGGCAGCAGAGUGACCUUCGUCUGACACGGAUCACCGAUCCCCGCCGAGGAGAGGUUUUAACAUUUAAGGAAAUAACUUGGCAAACACUUCGAAUUGAAGCAGAUGCUACAGAUAAUGGUGAUCAGGACCCAGUCACCACCCCAUUGAGGCUUAUUACCAACCAAGGCAGGAUCCAAAUAGCCCUCAAGAGAAGAACCAAAGAUUGCAAUGUGAUAGCCUCCAAGCUGAUGUUCCUGCUGGAUGACCUGCUCUGGGUACUGACUGACUCACAACUCAAGGCUAUGAUGAAGUAUGCUGAGUCGCUGAGUGAGGCUAUGGAGAAGGCAGCCCAGCAAAGAAAAAGUCUGGCCCCUGAACCUGUCCAGGUUACACACAAAAUUACUCCACCUGCACCCAGUGCCCAGCAGACAUGGGCCCAGGCAUUUGGCCAGGGCAACAGCAGUAACAGCAGCAGCCGUCUCAGCCAGUACUUUGAGAAAUUUGAUGUGAAAGAGUCCUCCUACCAUCUCCUUAUCUCCCGCUUGGACCUGCAUAUUUGUGAUGACAGCCAAUCUCGAGAACCAGGUGUUUCCGCAAACAGACUCAUGGGCGGUGCUAUGCAGCUUACCUUCCGCAAGAUGGCAUUUGACUACUACCCCUUCCACUGGGCAGGUGAUAGCUGCAAACAUUGGGUAAGGCACUGUGAGGCCAUGGAAACCCGAGGCCAUUGGGCCCAGAAGCUGGUGAUGGAAUUUCAGAGUAAAAUGGAGAAGUGGCAUGAAGAGACAGGUCUGAAAUCACCCUGGCAUCUGGGGGUAGACUCUUCCUUCCGGAAGAAAGCAGAUUUACUUUCUAGUCCUCGAAAGAACCCUCUUGAGAAAAAUCCCUCUCAGGGCAGACAGGCUUCCUUUGGACCUCCAGCAUGGAAUCGCUUACGCUCUAGCUGCAUGGUUGUACGAGUGGAUGACCUGGAUAUCCACCAGGUUUCUACGGCUGGACAGCCCAGUAAGAAGCCAUCUACACUUCUUUCCUGCAGUCGCAAACUCCACAACCUCCCCUCUCAGGUCUCUGCAAUUCAUGUUGAGUUCACAGAGUAUUACUUCCCAGAUAAUCAGGAGCUUCCUGUUCCCUGUCCCAAUCUCUACAUUCAAUUAAAUGGUCUGACAUUUACUAUGGAUCCUGUUAGUUUGCUCUGGGGAAACCUCUUCUGCUUAGAUUUAUAUCGUAGCUUGGAGCAGUUCAAAGCUAUUUACAAACUAGAAGAUUCAAGACAGAAAAAUGAGCACUUGGACAUCCGACUGGAUGCUUUCCGGUUGAAGGUGAGCUUCCCACUGGAAAAGAGACAGCAGGCGGAGUUGCAUCGACCCCAAGCACUUGCCGUCUCUACCUCAGGCAUGAUUGCCACCAACACACGUCAUGCCCCACACUGUAGCAGUCCAGACCUCCAAAGUAUCUUCCGGGGUUUUGCUGCUACUGAGUUCUUUCAUUCUAAUUAUGACCACUUUCCCAAGGUUCCUGGUGGCUUUAGUCUUCUGCACAUGCUCUUUUUACAUCAUGCUUUCCAGAUGGAUUCCCGUUCCUCUCAUCCUCCCCAGAAGCCUAAGGCUUCCCAGGACCUCUGGUCCAUCCACUUCACCCAGAUAUCCCUAGACUUUGAAGGAACAGAGAACUUCAAAGGCCGUACCUUGAAUUUUGUGGCCCCCUUCCCUUUGUCCAUUUGGGCCUGUCUGCCUCUCCGCUGGCAGCAAGCCCAGGCACAGAAGCUCCUAUUGGCCUCAGAGGGGAGGCUAAAACCAUCUGCUAGCUUUGGAAGCCCUGCCCAUUCUGAAGUCCUUGCCCCUGAAACUGUGCCUCAUCAGAGGUCAAAGACUGAGCAUGAUUUGAAAAGCCUGUCAGGCCUUACAGAAGUCGUAGAGAUUAUCAGGGAAGGCCGUGGUGCUGUGGACAGCAAAGGGCCUCUGACAGAACUGGACGAUGUAGCAGAUGUUCACAUGCUUGUACACUCCCCUGCCCAUGUCUGCGUGAGGCUGGACCACUACCAGUACCUGGCCUUACUCCGACUGAAGGAGGUGCUGCAGGGGCUUCAGGAGCAGCUGACUAAGGACACUGAGGCCAUGACUGGGUCUCCCCUGCAGGACCAGACAGCUUGCAUUGGUGUCCUCUUUCCCAGUGCUGAGGUGGCACUGCUCAUGCAUCCUACCCCUGGGACUGCCGAUGCUGACUCUGCUGGUUCAGAUACCACUAGCCUCAUAUAUUCAGAGCUCUCUCCAUCAGAGGAUCAGGAGCUAAAGUCUGAUGCCUCCUCAGACCAGGGCCCAGCAAGUCCUGAGAAGGUGCUUGAGAACAGUAAUAUUGAAAAUGUUGGUGUAGCCCAGCCACAUAGUAAUGGAGAGCUGCAGGACUCAGGUUUGCCUGCACAGCAGCUGACAAGAAAGGGCCACGAGGCAGUGGAGUCCCUACAGGCCAAGCAGCUGAGCAGAGCCCAAGCCUCCACUUCACCAACUGUGUUGAAGUCUCCUGCUGGCAGGGUUCCUACUGUGAAUGGGCAGGGAGACUCCAUUCCCCUGAAGAACAUGGAGGGAGAAUUGUCGAGUGCUAUUCACAUGACCAAAGAUGCCACCAAGGAAGCUCUGCAUGCCACCAUGGACCUCACCAAGGAAGCUGUAUCCUUAACCAAGGAUGCCUUCAGUCUGGGAAGGGACCGAAUGACCUCUACAAUGCACAAGAUGUUGUCCCUGCCCCCUGCCAAGGAGCCGAUGGCCAAGACAGAUGAAGGAGUGGCAGCCCCAGUGGGUGGAGGUGCUGCCCGACUCCGAUUUUUCUCCAUGAAGAGGACAGUAUCUCAGCAGUCCUUUGAUGGCAUCUCACUGGAUAGCAGUGGCCCUGAAGACAGGAUUUCAGUGGACAGUGAUGGCAGUGAUAGCUUUGUGAUGCUCUUGGAGUCUGAAUCUGGUCCAGAAUCUGGUCUACCAGGAUCUCUGCCAAGUGUCCUGAAUGACACCGGUGGUGACACAAGCCCUGUUGUAGAUAGUUGUGGCCAAGGGUCGCCAGCCGCCAACAGUUCAGUUUCACCCAGUGGCCGCCUUGACCUUCACCCGGUCUCAGUUUUGGUCUUGAAGGUGAAUGAAGUGUCUUUGGGAAUUGAGGUGCGUGGUGAGGACAUGAAUGUAGCCUUGCAAACAGAGGAUCUAGCCUUGCACCAGCUGGGCACCGUGGGACUCUGGCAGUUUCUGCAUGGACAAUGCACAGGUGCAAGCUUCCAGGAAUCCUCAGAGUUGAAGACUGGCCAUAUCAGGCCAGCUGUGCGCCUUCGCUUUGAAGUGGGCCCUGGUGCAGCAGUUCACUCCCCCCUGGCUACCCAAAAUGGCUUCCUGAAUUUCUCCCUUCAGGGCUGUGACCUUGAGAUGCUCACUUCAGUGCUCAAUGGUCUGGGGCCCUUCUUGGAGGACGAGGAAGUCCCAGUGGUGGUCCCCAUGCAGAUUGAGCUCCUGAACUCCAGUAUUACCCUAAAGGAUGAUAUUCCCCCAAUCUACCCAACGUCUCCUGGCCCUGUCCCUGUCACGGUGGCCAUGGAGCACAUUGUGCUGAGGCGCAGUGACGACGGCGUAUUCCACAUCAGUGCUGCUGCUCAGGAUAGACCAUUGUUUGAGGUUCCUAAAAGUGAAAAGACACACUCCUCAAAAGAACAGGUGUUCCUCAUGCCCACAGAAGAGGUUUUUGGACAGCAGGUGAAAGAACUGCCUACCCUACAAAAAGAACUCACAGAAACUAAACAAGCAUUGGCCAGUGCCAACCAGGACAAAGAAAGACUUCUCCAGGAGAUUAGGAAAUAUAACCCCCUCUUUGAGCUCUGACAGCAGUGGCGCCACCAUCUGUGCCAAGGAGAGAAGAGAUCACCAGCAAUAGCACCAUCUAGGACAGAGUACACUGUCUGUUGAGGGUGCCAGAGGAGAAGAGAGUGUGCACUUUACCUUGUUGUGUGUUUUCCACCUUCUGUUCUAACAGGAUGGAGGUUAGGGCAAAGCAAGACCACAUCCCAGGAAAUGGGGUAGCUUUGUAUGUGGCUCAUGCAUCCUGUCUUGGUUGUAUAAAGCCUUUAGGCCCUCUGCAUACUAGGUAGGAUUUUCACAUGGUAGGGCCAUUUUAUCUUCUUGUUUCAUAGCAGAGAUGCUUGGUUCCCUUAAUGUCUAUGUGAACAAAGGCAGAGGCCACCUCCGCAAUGUACAGAGCCACCAGAUCCCAUGACUCAGAGCUUCCUGCAGCAGACCUGACAAGUCUUUGGCCUGCCUUCUGGCCAGGUUAGAGGAGUAGAACAGGAACCAGGUGAGCAAAGGGGUGGAAACAGGAGGAGCACAGAUUAAGGGAGUGCUGGACUCUGCCUGGUUUGUAAUGGGAACCAGGCCUUUAUCAUCUUGGCUGGUAUUCUAUUCUGGUCAGAUAUUUCAGGUCAAGCUUCCAUUCUGUUAUACUUUCAUCAUGAUGCUGCUAGGGGAGAAAGUUAACAGUUGUGACUCAGCCAUAUCCUCUUUCCCUUCUAUAACAUAAUUUGUUUGAAAUUAAAUCAAGAAAAAAUAUUUACUCUGAGGUGGCUGAAGGCAUAUUGUGGUAGGAAUCAGUAGGAAGCUCAAUUCUGAGCCCCUUGCAAGUCAUGCCCUUCCUCCAAAGCUGUCCCUAAAAGGUCACUUAGUAUGUCUCCCUGGGUCGCUGGUCAUCUGCUGUCCCAGCGCUGUGAUUUUCUGCCAGUGCUCAAUCAGCACUUGGUGGUUUGGGUGCUGUGUGUUUUAAACUUCAACAUAAACAUUUCAGCCCGCUGACUCUCAAUCCUCUGUUACUGUGGCUUUUUAAAAUCAUGUGUUUUAACUAAAGUAAUAACAAACCCCUUCUUAUCUAGAUUUUCUCCCUUGCCCUAUGAAAGAGUUGUUUCUCUCUUCUUUCUUGGCUAACUCUUCAGACUCUUCAUUUACCCAUACUGCUUGGUGGUGCACAGAAGUUAAUUAGCUAACUCACCUUGACUUGGCAAGAUGGAAAAACAAUUAGUUGAUGUCACUGGAGUCUUAAUUUUACAUGAACUUUUGAAAGAAAAAGCGUGAGUUUUAUGAAAAAAAAAUCAUGCUUGACUUGUAUACUUUUUUUUUUUUUAUGGUACUUGAGUUUGAACUCAGGGCCUCCUGCUUGCUAGCCAAGCACUCUUCCAGUUGAGCCUCAUCCCCAGUUGUGUGUGUUCAUAUGUGUGUUUGAGAUAAAGUCUUGCCAUGCAGUCCAGGCUGGCUUCAAACUUGACAUUUUUCUGCCUCAGUGUCCCAAAGGCUGGGAUUAUAGGCAUGCACCACCAUGUCUAGCUAUCCUCUAGUUUUUUGGAGGCGAGAGAGAAACAUGCAUUUGUGAAAAGCUAGAUCUAAUUUAUUCAGACUUUCGUCAUGUUUUUACAAAGGCAACCUUUAAAAAUUUGCUAUGGGACUGUGGAAAUUUGUCAGGCUUACAAAUUAGACUUAGAGAAAAAGCAGACAUCUCCCUGGAAAGAAUGUUAACAGGUGAAGCUUCCUAAGAAUCAGUGCUCACAGUUCAACCUUAAGAUUCUUAUAAAUGAACUGAAAGUAGGAUUUUACAUCAUAACCAAAUGUUUCUAAUUCCCAAGCACAUCAGAAGAGAUAAAAACAAAAAGCUUAAAAAGGAACAACUUAAGAGAUGAUAAAAAAUUAUAUAUUGUGACCUUUCUUAGGUUACAAGCAGGACUGAUGUGCGAGGUUCAGCAUAGUUGGUAGAAGGUAAUGUAUUUAUGGAAGAGUGAUCAACUAAUAUGGCAGCAAGCUCUGUUUGAACUCAGGAAAGACAUGGACGCUUUGCAAUGAGGGAAGAGGGGUCAGUGUGCAGGUGGAGCCAAAAGCUUGACUGCCCUCUAGAGGUAGGCGCCAACAGGAAGGGUGCUAUGGACUACGGAAGACACCAUCUCAUGCAAAACUAGUGAGAAACUUUAAUUACCCACACAUACCUAGUGACUUCAUCAAAUAUGUCAUAAAGGGAGCAAAGGUCCAGAGAAUGGCAAAAGUGAAAUACCUCUGGAAGCAGAGGCAUUUCGUAUGUCUUUGAAAUAUAGCUGCUGUUCCAUAAAGAUGAAAGCUGAAGGGAGUGUCUGAUUACACAGCCAGUCAGGAACAAGGACCCUACAUCUAGACUCUUAUCUCCCCCACCUUGUGGAAAAGGAAGUACUUUAGCAGAUCAGAAACUUGGAGAGUUUCUAGGAAAAUGCACAUGGAUGCAGGAAGUUUGAGGAAUACUUGUAUGAUGGCCUCCUCUAAUUAAACUGGUGAUACUUGGUGAUACAUAAUUAAGAAGGCAAAUAUGUCCUCCAGUCUGCCUCUUAGUGCUUCUUUUAAAGGCAGAAUGUUGAACCAAACGGAUUGCUCAUCCUCUCAUCUGACAUUUCUAAUGUUUUUACAGGGGGAGGAGAGAUGAGGGAUAGCCACUAGCUGGAAAAUAGGAUAAUUCAACCUUGGACUUGCCUGGUGAUUUAAAAUCACAUUCAGUUCCCUUCCUUUCUUGCCCCACCAUAUUCUACUUGUGUCCCUCUUUGUAAAAGAAAGCGCCUAAUAGGCAUUGCCUGGCAUGCCUUACCUUAAUCUCAUAGAAACGCAUCUGGUAAGCAUCAAGGAGACACCUUAAUGGCCAGAGCUGUCAUGUUUCUGGUCCUCUGAAUUGGAGUUCUUAUCUAUGUGACAAAUGGAUCCUUAGAAUUUUGGACUUUCCCAUUGUGUCUUGAAAUCUUCCCUCUUGAAAUGUGGUAGGGUAGUAAAAAUCUCAUGAGUUUUAGUAAAAAACAAAACAAAACAUCUUGUAUAAUCAGAUUGUUUCUCAUGGGGGAGGGGAAUCUUCACAAUGAAAAAAUGAAGUAAUCUUCAGGUUAAGUAUAAAUUGGGGAAUAGAAUGAAAAAGUAAUAUACUCCCCCCACCCCCGUUUUCUGCCUUGGAGCUGCAAGAUUGAACAAGAAAUAACCAUACCUCAAGGACACGUCUGGAGGAUAGCCCUGCUACCUCUCCGAGCCUGUAGCCACUACACAUGGUCAUUUCAGCUGUGAAGCAUUGACACUGUUGUGCUAUCUGUGGUUGUCUGGAUUUGUUUACAUGCAUGUACCAUACCAGGUUAUGCUUUUGUGUUAAAUCUCUAACUGGACAGAAGGCAUGGCUUUCAAUGUCAAAAUUCUUUUCAACUCACUGAAACAUUAACCUAGGUCUCUGAUAUAAGACAAAGCAAUUCUACUGACAUGACAGCUGCUUUUGACAUUGUGGUCUACCCUUUUUCAUGGUUCUUAAAGAAAGGUACUUGUAUUAUAGAUGAGGGAUAAAUUCUUUCCCUCUCAUACCUCUUAAGUGCUUUCACUUGUUUAUGUAGCUACUGGUAGAAGGUAAUUGGAAGUAUUUCUGCAUGAGAACUUCCUAUUACAAACCUUUACACGCACAUGACUGUAUAUACACAUGUAUGCCAAAUUGUGAAUUUUGGUAUACAAGCUAGUAUGACAUCUGGUUGAGAACUGUAGAGGUGUUAAUGCCUUGUGAUAUAUCAGUUUUGGAAAGUCUGGGUGAUGUACUAUCCUUUCAGAGAUGGGAGUUUUUGCAUAGCUGCUCCCUGAUCUUCUGCCAGAAUAGGAAUGUUCUAUUCACCCUGGUGCAGAUGUGGGCAGUAGCUGUCAUUCAAUGGACAGUGGUCCCCCAUGGCACAAAAAGAGAUACGCUGGUAUAAGCUUCAACAGAGUCUUAAGUUUCCUCUCAUUCAGUUUGAGCCUUAUCUAGUACCCCCCAAGUGGAGUAGGUAUAGUUCCUGAGUUAAAUUCCUAUGAUUGCUCUGAGUAUUUUUUUUUUGUCAGUUUAUUAGUUUUGGUUGCAGAUUUAGCCUGAGUCUUAUAGCAUUUCUUUGUGAAAUGCUCACUGAAGUGUCUUCUCCAUUGGCUAAGCCAAUGUAUUUUAAUGUUAAAGAUACUAAAAACCAGAUCUGUCCAACCUUGUAAGUCCAAGCUGUUUCCCUACUUGGGUGCUAAACAGAAUUGGAAUCUUUUCUAAGACCUGCUCAGGAAGCUUUAAAAGAGAAGAGUUUCAAAACCUUUCUAUGACACUGCAACAAACCGAUGGGAAUGAAUUCUGGGGGAUUGCUAAUUAUGUACAGUAGCCUUAUUAUUGCUAACCACUGUCAACAAAAGGUCACUCCAUUCCCCUCUGUUUGAGGAAACAAUGAGAAUGUAUGUGAUGAACUGGAAUCCUGGCCAGUAUUGGGAAAUUUUAAUGUUACAAUAUCUAACCAAACCCUAGUGUACUGGUUCUGUGAACCACCUGAUGAAAGGCAAAUUAAAACUUAUUAAACAAUA